AUGCUCGGUUGCGUCAAUGGAAGCCUCAACCAGGCCGAGUUCGGCAAGCCCAUGCCCUGGAUCGGCGUCUACAUAACGGCGGCUUCCCUGGCCUGUGCGAUCGCGAUGGCCGCGGACGCCGCCGCGGGCUUCCGCUACCGGCAGCUCUGGUUCCCGAGCCGCUACAUCGCCCUCAACGCCAUGUCCCUGAGCGUCAUUGCCGUCGCGGUCAAGCUCUGCGUUGAUCUCAACACGCCGAUGGCGCGCCGGGAGGAGCAGCUCGCCAAGCUUAGCAGCUCGGUCCUGAUCUGCACCGUGAUGGGCAACGCGAUGCCUUCUCUCGGGUCAAUGGAGAACAAGGAGCUCCGGUCCAACGUGAUCGCUCUGUUGGGCACUGGAGUGAUCUUCGUCUGCAGGUGGGAACAUGCCUUCGUGAUGUCCAUGAUGCUGCUGUUGCUGGUGACCCUGAGCUUCUCGGCCGCGAUGGUCCCAACGAGCAAGUGCUACUUGGAGAUGAAGUAUUGCAAGAUGCACGAGCUGACUAUGAAGGAGAGCUUGAGCCGGAGCUGCGACGUCGUCUUCGACAAGCUCAAGGAGCACCUGUUGAAGUAUGGGAUGAUGGCCCAUUCCUGCAACCCGCAAUUCGUUGUGGCGCGGUCCGUGACGUGCACUGCUUCCGGGGCGCUCUGCCUCCUGAGCGCAAUGACCCUGGCGCAGGCAAUUGUCCGGGCUUACCUGCAGCCCUGGAUGUUUGAGUUCGUAUCCUGCUAUGGCCGAUCGGAGUCAGAGUCGGACUAUAAGUGGUCGAGCACGGCGAUUCUCAUCAUGCAGACUAUUGCAGUCGGGGUCGGCACAAUCGCGCCCGCAUUCCGAUGGUUCCUCACGAUCAGAUUGAAAUGGCAGAGGCGGGGGAACAAGAGCUACAAGGAUGAAUUCAAGUCCGAAAAGUAUUGGAUACAGCAAUUCAUAGAGAUUAAGGAGCGUCCGUUCAAUUUACAGGUCCGGAGCUGGCGAUGUCGUAAACUCAUCCACGACUCGAAGAACGUGGUUUUGGAUAUGCUCAUCGGAAUACAAGUCGGGAUCGUGUUGGGAAGCAAGGCCGUGAGGCUGAUCUCCAUUCUGUUCAUGACCCCGAUCUUGUUGUUCUGUGAUUUGUGCUCCGAUCUGAGGAAGAAGUUCAGACUGAACAUCAGCGAUUCAGAGAAGGACUUGCACUCGAGUUCGCCCCUAGAGGCUCGGCCUCAAAGCCGGACUUCAGCCAAUAUAUUUUGCAUCUCGAGGGCGAGGAAGAAUUGGUGCACGUCAUGA